CAAAAAACAAACCGGUUUUAGAGCAGAGUCUCGGACCAGUGCCACCAGAUAAGCUCACCAAGUUACGGCUCUUUGUUCUCACCUCCCAGACAAUUUCAUGGCCACAACUUCUCACUUCACCUUUUCUUUCAUCCUCCCUCGCCUUUCUCCUCCUCGUCAUGAUCACCCCCACCACCUUAACAAGUUAUUGUCAAUUCAAGUUCAAAGUCGACUUUCCCUGAGAACAACAGCCACGAGAGCUCUGGGUAGUGAUUCUUUGGGCGAUUUUGGAGCCAGAGACCCGUUUCCCGCAGAAUUAGAAAGCGGAUUUGCUGAUAAAGUUUUGGGAAAUGUUGACACUGAGCACAAGAUACUUAUUCCAAAUGCUUCUGCUCUUUCUCUUGCUCAACAAGACUGCUCUCCCGUGUCUCCUCUGCAGAAACCUAUGUCCGUAGAUGAUGCACAGAAGUUGUUGAAAAAGGUUAUUGGCUGGAGACUUUUGGAGGAAGAAGGUGGACUUAAACUUCAAUGCUUGUGGAAGUUGAGAGAUUUUAAAUGUGGGGUUGAACUUGUGAAUAGAAUAUACAAGGUUGUAGAAGCUACCGGCCAUUUCCCAAAUCUCCACUUGGAGCAGCCCAAUGAAGUUAGAGCUGAAUUAUGGACUUCUUCCAUUGGAGGCUUGAGCAUGAAUGAUUUCAUUGUAGCUGCCAAAAUAGAUGAAAUUAAAACAUCAGAUUUGGUUCCACGUAAAAGAAUUUGGGCAUAGGUAGACCAUAUUUUCUCUUCCAAGAAGAAAAGCAUGUCUGUCUGCCCUUGAGCCCUCUUUCGGCAAUGACUACAAAGACUCAUGUGCUACAAUUUUUAUGAGAACAAUGUUUUUCAACCCAUUUUUACUCUUUAAAUGGAUGAAUUUAUUUAUUUUAUAUUUGACUCCCUUGUUUCGAACUACUUAUCUUCUUGUUAUGUUUUACUUCACCAGAUGAUUAAUUUUUUACUUUCCAAGUUUAUAGAGAUUUGUUAUCAUCUUGUGCAGAGGGAUAUACACACAGUUGAUGUAAAACUUCAUAGUUCUAUCUGGUUGAAAUUUGAUAUGUCAAUUUGCUUA